AAAUUCAGUUUAUGAGAGCCAUAAGGAACAUUUUGGGAUUCAACUGGAGUGAUUCUUUUAAUUCUACUUCUGGCCUUAGAAGCAUCAACAGCAGAAAAACUUUCUCCUUCGUUAGAAAUAUCAUGUCGCAGUCAGAUGAAUCGCCUGCUUUUAGCAAACCCAGAUUGGUACUCAAGAAAGUGUUUGCCAGAAAUGUAAAUGAAGGAAGUCGUCUAAUGGUUAACAGGACCAUUGCAAGCGAGUUCAAGGGUUUGGAUCCUUUCUUGAACAUGGAUCACUUUUCAGUGACUUACCCUGGAGGAUUCACUGAUCAUCCGCAUAGAGGCUUUGAAACUGUCACCUAUAUGCUAGAGGGAGCAUUAGUUCAUCAAGAUUUUGCUGGCAAUAAAGGAACAAUAAGAGCUGGUGAUGUUCAAUGGAUGUCUGCAGGCAGAGGGAUCAUUCACUCUGAGAUGCCUGCAGGAGUGGGCACACAUACUGGAGUGCAGCUAUGGAUCAAUCUUUCCAAGAAAGACAAAAUGAUUGAACCAAAGUAUCAGGAUCUGCUAAAGGAGAACAUUCCAAGAGCAGAGAAAGAUGGGGUUGAAGUAAAAGUGAUAGCAGGCGAGGCAUUAGGGGUUCAAUCAGAGGUGUACACGAGAACUCCAGCCAUGUUUCUUGAUUUCAAGCUCAACCCACAAACCCAAAUGCACCAGAACAUUCCAGAGACUUGGAAUUCCUUUGCGUAUGUGCUUGAAGGAGAAGGAGUAUUUGGCUCCCCGAGCUCAUCUCCAAUUGGACCCUGCAAUGUGGUGUUCUUGGGGCCUGGAGAUGGUGUGAGCGUGUGGAACAAAUCUUCUGAGCCACUGAGGUUUCUGCUGAUAGGUGGCGAGCCAUUGAAGGAGCCAGUGGCUCAGUAUGGUCCUUUUGUGAUGAACGCACAUUCUGAGAUUGAGAAGGCCAUGGAGGACUUCCAGUAUUGCAAGAAUGGUUUUGAGAAUGGCAGGCAUUGGAGGUCUUCGUGAUGUGGGGUCUGAGUCAGAGGCUUGUAUCAGAAAUAGUCUGAUGAUGACGCGAGUAUUAUUAUUCAUGUAGUAUUUACUAUAUUUUGCAUAAAGUGAAUGAGGAUAAUAAGGUUGCAUGUUGGUCUGGGCAACGUUUGUUGUGUGGUUGGUAAAACUAAAGGGGCACUUUAUUUUUCGUUCUUAUGUAUCUUAAUUCUUAAAUAUGAUUUAUGUUUGAUUCAUGUAGUA